UAGACGUCAAAUGGGGGGACCUCACGUUGCAUGUUUGGUUUCCUUAAAUUACAUCUCGAUGAUCCAUAAUUUGCAGUCUAUGUUCGGUGCAAAACCCCGUGGUGUUGUGAUCCGUGACGAUACAUAUUGGUCCUUCACGAAAUAUGACUGGACGAAAAUGGGUGACAGAGGAAGACGACUAUUUAUGUCCUCUUUCUCAAGAAACACAAAUCAUAGCCAAGGAAGAGCUAAGAGAAGAUGACUACAGCAGAAAAACAGCGUUGGAUUCCAUGCGAGAAUGGAUCAAACAGAAUCCAAGAAUCAAAAAUUGUAGAAUGGAUGCCUGUUUUCUGCUUCGUUUUCUUCGUUUCAAAAAAUAUAUCGUCACAUCAGCCUGUAUAGCGUUGGAGCGAUAUCUCCUUCUGAGACAGACCUUUGGUGUUGCCUUCUCCUGUCUUGAUAUAAGGAUUCCUCAAAUGAUCGACUUGACCAAUUUGGGAUACAUGUUUGCCAGUCCAAAGCGGGACAAAAAUGGACGAAGAGUUGUUAUAGCUAGGCCAGGCGUUUUCGAUUUGGAUAAAUUCACUCAAGGAGACAUGUGCCGCAUCCAUGGAAUUGUGUACGAAACUCUAAUGGAAGAUGAAGAAAACCAAGUGAGAGGCUUUGUCCAUUUCGCAGAUGGUAAAGGAGUCGGCUUUCCCUAUUUGACUCUAUUCACUAUUAAAGAAGCGGUUCGUAUAGUGAAAAACGGAGAGAAAACCCUUCCUAUGAGGCAUAAAGAGGUACAUUGCAUAAAUGCCCAUCCAUCAAUGAAAUUUGCAUUAGACUUUGGUAUGUCAUUAAUAUCAGAGAAAAUCAGAAAGAGGGUAAGGUUGUACACCAGUAUAGAGGACUGUUUGGAAAGUGGUUAUUUGGAGCACGAUGUUCUACCGAAAGAAUACGGUGGAACGAUACCUAUGGCUGAAAUGAUAGAAUUGUGGAAAGAAGAACUGAGAAGAUCCCAUCCAAUCUUAAUGUCACAUGAUACGAUGGAAGUAGAUGAGAACCUCUUCACUCAAAGAGAAAAAGACGGUGCGGUAUCUGCACUGAGAAGAGGGGGUGUUUCCUGUGGUUCAGAAGGUGAUUCCUUGUGUGGAAUCACUGGCAACUUCCGAAAGCUUGAAGUAGACUGAAUAUUGUAUUAUAUCCCUUGAUUAUGUUAUGUUAAACCAUUAUUUCACUGUUAUAUAUUUUUAUUGCGGUUAUAAGAAUUAUUUCUUGCACAUUGGAUCUUAUGUCAUGAAUAUUUUUGAUGCAGAAUAAUAUAACUUAUACCUACUUACAUAAAAAAACCAUUUUGUAUUCUCGAAAAUUAUAUAAUUUUCAUAUUCAAACAUCUAAAUUUUUUUUGUGUUUCGAGAUAAAAUUCAUCCAAACAGAAUUCGAAAAAAGUUAGUUCUUUUCAACUGAAAAUAAUAUCAAUGGCUGGCAGUUAUGAACCUAACUCUAGAAUCAAAUGAAUUAAUCUCAAAGUUUGAAAAUCAUACAAUCAAAAUAUAAAUGAAUAUUCAUAGAAUGUUACAAUGACUAAUUGACUAAGCAAUGAAACACGUAUUAUUUUUCUUAAUUUUAAUUAACGUGUCUCGACAACUAGGCCAUUGACACAUGGUAUAGUAUAUCCAGAGUCACCUGGAGGAAGCUGAAUAUUUCGAUUAAACAAGGUUUGUCCAAAGUUCCAAAAAUUCUUUUGGGGCCAGUGAAUAUAGUGUCUAACAAUACUUCAAAGGGACAUCUAUGGCCAAGCGUUUUUAUGGACUAGUUCAAGUGACUUUGGAUAUACUAUACAAUGUUCUAAUAUUCUAAGUAUUACAGGUAAUACUGUUUACAAAAUAUGAGUAAUUAUUUUCAAUAGUUGUGGAAUUUUGUAAAAUUUUAUUGUGAAUUACAUAAUAUUUCCGAAAUCAAACUCCGAGUCCUUAUGGUUUUUUAUGAGGAAUUGACUUACUCCGUAAUAAGAAAAAGAUAAUAAACAGAAACAAAAUUCUA